AUGACUUUGGAGAGACGUCCCGCAGCCAACCACUCCAAGUUCUCUCCCCCCUCCCCUUCCGCCUGCGCCUCCCCGCACGCUUCCCCACCCGCAUCCCCCCGUGCUGCAACCGGCCGGCGCCGCUCCGACGUCUCGGAGAAUCUCGCGCUUCGCUUAAGCCGGCAGCAGGACGGCAGAGGAACUCCUCAUGCGACGCGGGGGGACGCGAAGGGCGGACGCGGCGGAGUGGGCGCGCGGAACUCGUGUGGCGCUGCUGUCGGAGGGAGCGUUGGUGCCGCUUGCGGAAAUUCUGGGGGCGGGGGUGGUCCGCGCUCGCCGCGGCAAGACAGCGGCCGACAGGAGAAUCGAUUCAAGAGCCGUGAUGCGGAUGACGCGGAGAGGGAGCGGCGAGCGAAGAAGGCGGAGAGACCCGUGGGUGGUUUUGGUGCUGGUCGUGCGGAUUCGGAUGCGAGAUUAUUGUCCAAGCCUGCUCUAGCCUCCUCUGGUGAGCGACCUCUGCCGACGCAUCAUGGCGAUGAAUUUGAGUCAGACGCGGGCCAUCAUACGCCGGCGAAGGACAUGUCGCAGCUGUCGCACAUGGUCGUGCGACGAGAGGAGGGCAGCCCGGUUUCGGUGCUGGAUGUGGGCAUGCGACGAAGCGACGAGAGCGAUUCCGAAGGCAACAGUGGCGAGUUAUUCGCUGAUCGUUCCGUCAACUCCGUCUCAGAGUGCUACCCAGACGCGACCGCCGCAUUGCGGCGACCAUCGCAAGCGUCGCUCGCGUCGCCCAGCCAACAUGGCGACGUCGCCGUGGACCUCCUCCGCCUGUCGCCGCAAGACAUCGUCGGUGACGUGGCAGGCAUGGAGCAGGACCUCGAGUACGUGCGCCACGUGCUCCUCAUCUCCGGUUUUGGCGGGUCGUCAGUGCCGCCAAUCUUCUCGCGCAAUCUGCCGAUAAACCCGGUGGUUUUCGAGCAACUGGAGUUUGAGAUCACGGGACAGCUGUCCCAGCACUUUCCGUCCUCGUUAUCCGCGUCCUCGUUAUCCAGUACAAGCCCUUCGUUAAUAGGCCUAACAAGCCCAGUUGCUUCUUCCACUGUCGGAGCAGCAACAGGCGCGUCUGCUGGUGCAGUUGGCGCGGGGGUUUCGCGCCCGCCGUCUCCGUCGCUCUUUCCGCUCCCCAGCUUCGCCGUCGGCGCGCAGAACACGUCGGAGGAGCGCCGCCAGCGCAUGCUGUUAUUUGAUGCGGUCAACGAGGCGCUAGGCCGCACUCUCGCGCCGUAUCUUGAGGAGCUGCAAGUGCAAGAUGCGAUUAAUCGCUGCUCGGGUCGGCCGUCGCAGCUAUUCGCAGAUACUACUAAUACUAGCUACGGCCUCUGGGAAUUGGAUAACGGCGCGUCUUUUUUCGCGUCGUGCUGUUCCGCCUCGCGCAAGCCCGCGCUUCUCCGCCCGCGCCCAAUCGGCCGCCAGCUGCUGCAGCGCGUAUGGGCGGAGGUGCACAGCUGGCCGGUUGCGCCGUCGGAUGACGUGUACGACAUUCUGGAUGACGCGGCAAGGAGGGACAUGGUCCGCGGAACGGAGCGCUGGUCCGCGGAGGAAGUGGCAGCUGCGGAGGUUCCGCAGGUGGUGUUUGCGCUGGAAUGCGCGGUGUUAGAGCGCGCGCUAGAGGAGAUUUGCCGCGAGUUUGCGGAAGUGGAGGAGGAGCGCGCGCUGUCGCGGCAGCGAAGGCUCAGCGCGAAUGGCGCUGCGGAGGGGGUGUGCGCGGGGAAAGCUCCUGGGGGAGGGCUGCGGAAAGGGGGGAGCGGAACCGAGAGAAGGUGGCUGCCGCGACGGUUGAAUUUCUGA